UCGAUUAGUCACUUGUCGUCGCAGUUUGUAUAGCAAUAUAAUCAGACUCACCGAGUGGGUUUUCCAGUUUUUAAUCAUUGACUAUCUGCUAAUAAAGGUUCGCGGGCGUGCGCAGCUCCCGUUCAGUUGCAGUUCUACCUCCACCGGUUCAACAUGGUGUCCAAAGCUGCUACUUUAGCGCCACUUUGGCUACUGCUGAUUUGCGGUGCGGUCUUGACCCAGGUCAUGGCACUUACCGUGGACAGUCCCAAGGGAAGAAGGUUCAUCUGUCACUACACGACCUGGUCCCGUAUGAGGCAGGACGACGGGGCGUACACCAUCGAGGACAUCCCGGGGGAGUUGUGCUCGCACGUGGUGUACAAUUUCGUGGGGAUCGACGUGAAGUCGUUCCAGUUGACUUCGAUGGAACCGGACUACGACCUGGGUGAGAACGGGUUCCGCCGGUUUGCGGCCCUGAAAGACAAGUAUCCGAGCCUAAAACUGUUGGUGGCCGUCGGUGGUUGGGGCCACGGAGGGGAAAAGUUCAGCAAGAUGGUUGAGUUCCGCGACAAUCGGAGACGUUUCGUGGCCAGCGUCGUGAAGUUUUUGCACAAGUAUGGUCUGGACGGCCUCGAGGUGGUGUGGUUGUAUCCGGGGAACUACGACCGCGGGGGUAACAUCAAUGAUAAGGAUAACUUCUUCUACCUGAUUCGAGAGCUGGCACAGGCUUUCAAAACCGCAGGAAAGGAGUGGGAAGUUGCCGUGCAGGUUCCUGCAGACAAGACGCGGCUGGAUGCAGGCUACCAGAUCGAUGCACUGUGCGAAGCCGCCGACUUCAUCCACGUGAUCGGGUACGAUUUGCGCGGCUGGUGGAACAACUUUGCGGACGUGCACAGCCCGCUGAAGGACCGCCAGCACGACGAGGACAGCUUCGAGGGUCUGAACGUUCAGUCCGGCGUCGGACAGUGGCUCCACAAUGGUUGUCCCGCCACCAAGAUCAUUCUGGGCGUUCCGCUGUUUGGACGGAGCUACCUUCUGUCAAGUCCGGAGGAAAAUGCCCUGGGUGCGCCCACGAUCGGUGCUGGCGCCGCCGGAGAGCUGACCAACGAGCCGGGCUAUCUGGGGUAUUGUGAGAUCUGCCAGAUUCUACCGGCCAUGACGACCCGCUGGGACGACGUCGGACAAUGCCCGUACGCGUUCAACAGUGACGAGUGGAUCGGCUACGAGGACGAGCGGUCGCUCAAGGCCAAGAUCGAGUGGGCCAUCAAGAACCGGCUGGCGGGAAUCUACGCGUUCUCGCUCGAUCUGGACGACUACCGGGGUCGGUGUGGGAAACCGUAUCCGUUGACACGGGCAUUGCACGCGUACUACGAGCAAACCAAAAACGAAACACUCGUUACGUGGCCUUGAAGCAUGUUUGUGAUGUGAUUUAGUAUAAUUAGACAUUAGUUAUUUAUUUUCUACAACCAAUGUAAUCAUUAAUUAACAAGAAAAAACGGUUAUUAUUUUAA